CGCACACAUCAACGCCGCUCGAGAAUCUGUUUUUACACAUCCGUCCACACUUUGCCCUCGAGGCGGGAUAUGUUUUCGUAAGCGUACCAUUGAUGUUUAGUUUUAGUUGAGCGUCGAGCCAGAGAAGUCGUACAAUAAGCAGCCGGUACUGCAAUAGAAAUAAAUACGAUCACAUUGAUAGUGGAGACAUGGAAUAUCCUCUGGUCAAAGAUGCUUUCGAAGUCCUGACAAAUGAAGCCAAAGAUCUAUUUUUGGGACCAACCCUGCCUGAAACUUAUGGAACACCGACGGCACUGGAAUUUGUUCGGGACAACGUGGCGAAAAACAUGCCGUUGAUCAUACGAGAAGCCACCAACGAUUGGCCAGCAGUGGAAAAGUGGAAUUCCAAAUAUUUUAGAGAAACGUUCGCGAACAAGGAAGUGACCGUUGCAAUCACCCCCAAUGGAUAUGCCGACGGAUUGGCGAAACAUGAAGGCGAGGAUUUCUUCGUACUACCACUGGAAACACAGAUGACGAUGGGCGAGUUUCUGAGCACUCUGGAUCGCAAAGACGAACAAAUACUCUACAUACAACGACAGAACUCUAACCUCACGGAAGAUUUUUAUGAACUGUGGCGGGAUAUAGACACGGAGAAGUUGAAAUUUGCAACAGAAGCAUUCAACAAACAACCGGAUGCGAUAAACUUCUGGAUGGGGGAUGAUCGUGCCAUCACUUCGAUGCACAAAGAUCCGUAUGAAAAUAUCUACUGUGUAAUUUCCGGAUAUAAGGACUUCAUCCUGAUACCACCCGUCGAUUUGCACAACGUUCCGAGAGACAAGUAUCCUAUGGGAAUUUAUAUGCAGGAGGAUGACGGAACUAUGGUUGUGGAGCCGAUUUUAGAUGAGAUUGGUAAACCUCGCUCCAUUGAGUGGGUCAGUAUCGACCCUUUGGCACCGGACCUGACCAGAUAUCCACAGUACGCCAACGCCACUGCCUAUGAAAUCAGAGUCAACGCCGGUGAUAUGUUGUAUCUUCCAAGCCUGUGGUAUCACCACGUUCGCCAGAGCCACAAAUGCAUCGCCGUUAACUUUUGGUACGAUAUGGAUUACGAUGCCCGCUACUGUUAUUACAAAAUGAUGGAAAAGCUGUGCGGUUAUGGGGAGAACGAUGUUGACUAGAUUUUCGUUAUUGCAAAUGAAAGCAUUGUUAUAAUUGGAAUAAAAUAUUGCUUUAUUUUAUUAAAUGUAGGUAUUUUUACGAUUGCACCACCCGCUGACCUAGA